AUGGACCUCAGUGCCACAAAUCACCGCAUUCCUCUGGGUGAUGGAAACAGCAUUCCCAUCAUCGGACUCGGUACCUAUUCAGAGCCUAAAACGACCCCUAAGGGGAGCUGUGCGACAUCAGUCAAGAUUGCCAUUGACACGGGGUACCGACACAUUGACGGGGCCUACAUCUACCAAAAUGAGCACGAAGUGGGCGAAGCCAUCAGGGAGAAGAUAGCAGAAGGGAAGGUGCGGAGAGAGGAUAUUUUCUACUGUGGGAAGCUCUGGGCUACGAAUCAUGACCCAGUGAUGGUGCGGCCAACCCUGGAGAGGACACUCAAGGUUCUCAAACUUGAUUAUAUAGAUCUGUAUAUCAUUGAAAUACCCAUGGCCUUCAAGCCUGGAGAUGUAGUCUAUCCCAGAGAUGAGAAUGGCAAGUGGUUAUACCACAAGACAAAUUUGUGUGCCACAUGGGAGGCUUUGGAAGCUUGCAAAGACGCUGGCCUGGUGAAAUCCCUCGGGGUGUCCAACUUUAACCGCAGGCAGCUGGAGCUCCUCCUGAACAAACCAGGACUCAAGCACAAGCCCGUCUGCAACCAGGUUGAGUGCCACCCUUACUUCACCCAGCCAAAACUCCUAAAAUUUUGCCAACAACACGACAUCAUCAUUGUUGCAUAUAGCCCUUUGGGAACUUGUAGGAAUCCAAUGUGGGUGAAUACAUCUCUCCCGCCUUUGUUAAAGGACACACUGCUGAACUCACUGGGCAAAAAGUACAAGAAGACUGCAGCCCAAAUUGUUUUGCGUUUCAACGUUCAGCGAGGGGUGGUUGUCAUUCCUAAAAGCUUUAAUCCUGAAAGGAUCAAAGAGAACUUUCAGAUCUUUGACUUUUCUCUCACUGAAGAAGAAAUGAAGGACAUUGAAGCUUUGAAUAAAAAUGUUCGAUAUGUGGAAUUGCUCAUGUGGCGUGAUCAUCCUGAAUAUCCAUUUAAUGAUGAAUACUGA